AAAUGAGGAAACCACCUCCAAAAAUAUUAUUAGAAGACGAUGAACUUGAAAUAAUUAAAGCUAAAACUCAUGAUGUACAAUUACAAAAGAAACCAAUUAGUUUCUAUUCCAACAUUUCUGAUGGUCAAGAAUAAUUAAGUGAAGGAAAGCUUUAUUAAUGCGAUACUUCAUACUCAUCAAGUAGUCUUCAUAGUUCGAGAACACUUCUAGAAGAAUCAUAAUGGUAGAACUACUAAAAACGUAUAGGUAACAAAAAAUACAAUAAUAUAAAUAGAUUCUGAAAGUCUUUCAGAAUAGGCAAGGAAAGUGUUUCUAAUCCCCACAUCAUCUACAGAAGAAUGGCUGGCCAAUUUUACUGAAAAAUGUUUACAAGUUGAAUUAUUUUACAAAGACUCUAAUUUUAAUACAAUUAUAGAAACAACUCUAAAUUGUGAUGAUCAAUAAUUAAAAUAAACUUUAGUACUUACAUUAGAUUACUACACAAAUCUAAUUACUUUUACAUUUUUUUUAUUAUGGAAAGCAAUGUGGAAUGAAAAUUAAUAAGACAUGACUUUAUUUGUUACAAUUUCUAAUUCAAUCACUGAAAUUUUAAUAUUAAUGGCAUCUUUAAGAGUUAAUGAAUUCAGAAUAGACUCUUAACUCCUCACAAUAUUUGAAUCUGUUGUUUAGCCUUUCCCUGAUAAAAAUAACUUUAAAGAUUGCUUAGAUUCUCAAAGAAGCUCAUUAACUAUUGAUAUCAUACAAUAAAAAACAUUCAUUCCUUUAUUGAAACAUAAUCAAGUAUUACCUUGGUCAACUGAUGAAGUUGCUUUUGUUUUAAGUUUUAUCAAUUAAUAGUUUUACACUGAUCUUUAAAUAAGAAAUAUUAUAAUUAAGGGAGGAUUAAAUAACGUAUAAUUUUUAAUUCUAAAUUUAGUACUUUAGAAGAAUUAAUACAAUAUCAUAAUUUAUUAUAUAUUCUGUUGUACGCAACCCUUAUAAACAUGAUCGUUAGGAUGCUUUAGGAUAUUGGAUUGAUUUAGCAGAAAAAUUAUAAUAAAAUUAUGAUCUUGAAGGACUCUUCAUUGUUUAUAAAUAUGGAAUCCAAUUAUUAUUAAAAGAUUAUAUUGGAACAAUGCCAGUUCUAUUUAGAGAUUUGAAUCGAAUCCCUAAAAUCAAUGCAUUUUAUGAAGAACAUAUCAAAGAUAAUUUUAAAGAUUUUGAAAAUCACAAAUAACAUCUCUAUAUACCUUCAUUUCAUAAAUUCAUAACCUAAAUCAAAAGAUUUGAAUUAUAAGUCAAAAAUAAUAAGAGUCUUUUUCAUAAGAUCUCUGAUCUAAUGUUUUAAUUAGUCAAAAUUUCUAAAAGACAGUCAAUUUUUCACCAAUAAAUGAGUUUAAAAGUAAACUUACUUCUUAAUUAUUUAGAUCUCUGAAAAUGAAGAACAAAUGAUACACUAUUUUACUAAGGGAAUUGAAAAAGAGUUAGAAACUAAUCUAUAAAUACCCCUUGACAAAGAGACUUUGGUGUAUAUAGAAUUGAUUAAAUUGGCAAAGAAUACUCAUUGA